AUGGUUAAUAAACUAAGCUCAAUUUUGGUUCUCGCAUACGUUCUAGCGGUCAGAGCGGAAAUCGCGGAUAUGAAUAAGUUUCUGAAGAGUACUGUUGAGCAGCACCAUUAUCCGGCAGAAUUGCAUCCGGUUGAAACCAGCGAUGGUUACCGACUGACCAUGGUUCGAAUUCCUGCUCCUGGAAAACCUGUUCUCUUCCUGAUGCAUUCAUUUCUCAGUUCGUCCGCAGAAUAUACCGUGUUGGGAACGAAUGUUUCUCUUGCUUUCCAAGCAUUCGAUGAAGGAUUCGAUGUUUGGCUCGCCAAUUCGCGAGGAAAUAUGUUUUCGCGGGCUCAUCGUACCCUAGAUCCGUCGGAACAAGACUUUUGGCGUUUUAGCUUCCACGAAGUGGGGAUCUACGAUCUACCAGCUAUGAUUGAUUACGCAUUGAAUGCUACCGGAAAGAAUAAGCUCCACUUCGUGGGACACUCGCAGGGUGCAGUGAGUUUUUUGGUGAUGGCUUCGACAGUUCCUAAAUAUAAUGCAAAAAUCGCCAGUGCUCAUUUAAAUGCGCCGGUUGCAUUUUGGUCAAGAAAUGCGAUCCCGUACAACGUUCUAGAUUCGGAAGUAAUCCCUGCAAUUGAACUGAUGGAGGAGGUUGGCUUCCUAGAGGUGGGCGGUCGGACUCAAACCAAUGUGGUGGAUUAUGUGCGAGGUGCUCUUAGGAAAGGUUACAUUGGAGAAGAACUUCUGCUGAUGGGAGUUUGGAUGCUAUUCGGGGAGGAUCAAGAUGGUUUGGACCGCUCCAAAAUGGAUGCAAUUUUGGAAAUUUUUCCAGCUGGUGGCUCAAUCCGACAAGUGAUUCACUUCACGCAGACGUACAGAGCGAAACGAUUCUGUCAGUAUGAUUUCGGUGAGAAGCAGAAUCUGGCCCAAUAUGGAAGUCCAAACCCACCGGAUUAUGCACUGGAGAACAUCGGAGCACCCGUGGCUUUGUAUUACGGACUGAAUGACCCGAUGGUGGUGGAAGAGGAUCUGAACGAAUUGGUGGCCAAAUUGCCGAACAUGAUUUUGAAAUACCUUCACCCGAAUCCAAAAUGGAACCAUAUCGAUUUCAGUUUUGGACAAAAUGGGUAUGGCGUUCAUCAAAAGGUUUUAAGUUUGGCUAAAAAGUACGAGUAA